ACCCACCAGUAGUCGCAGUAUUCGGUGGGCUGUUGUGUGUCCCGCUUUAACCAUCCCCAUUUCGCGUGAGUGCCAGCGGGGAGAAGGGGAAACAGCCAGUCUUUUCGUGGUCGACUCCCCUGUAGCAAACAAUCUAUGGGCCUACAUCGUGCCCUCCUCCCCGGCGCCAGCUUCGGAGUCGCCGAGUAGAGCACGAGUUCGUGUCCCCGCAGGGGGACAGGUACUUACCAAAUAAUCAAGCAAGCUAGCGAGAAGUUUGCCGAACUCUGCGUAUUAGCAGCAACGGCCUGAGCGGUGGUACAAAUAGCCGCAGUCGUUGUUGUCGUCUCUCAGAGUACAGCGUCGCUUCUGUAUUCAGCCUUCUUGUCUGUCUACGGUUUUGUCGGGUUGUGCCAGCUAUGCUACUGCUUAAAACCGUUCUUCGGCUACCGCUUAAAACCACCGCUGUUUCACUUUUAAGUGAAUAUAGGAAAUUGUAGCAAGGUUAGAAAGAAAUGCAUCGGAGAUUAAAAUCGACAAGAGGCGGUAUUGGGUUUAAUGUUGGUAGUACAGCGAUACUGAUCAUUUAGAUUAGUGUUGUAAUCUUAUUCUGGUAGGGUGUCCCCAUCUUAAACGCCCGAAGGAAGCUUAUGGCAUGACACAUGUUUGUUUGGUAUGGUAAGUGGCACUUGCUAUUUACUGGCAAUCAGAAGCACCAAAUAUUGGCGGUGCUUCUGAUUCAACUGACUCGUCUGCUUUUUGCAGUCAGUAACUGACAGGCGGAUAAGACCUUUGGAAGCGUGUUUUCCUAUUAUAGCCUGUAUCAUUCGUUUCAUGAACCGCCGUGUUAACAUUAUGCGUCGCAAACGCUUGCUUUCGCCGACUAUGCAUAAUGAACCCGGUUGUCCUGCGAUCCCAAGAGACUGAAAUAAUGAAUUCAACGUUCAACUUGAAUUCUUGGUAUGGCAAAGGUACGUACUGAGCCGUACGGCUGACUCGACAAGAGUAGGGGUCAUUAUGCUGACCCCGGUAUUAAGCGUUCAGUUAUUAUAUAUACAUCAGGGGUAUUUCCUGUAGUAAACAUUAAACAUUUACGAGACAAAGUUGCGUUCAUUUUUGCCCCUUGUUCCCGGUGGGGUGUCCUUCGCUUAAGGAUAUGUCAGCAAAAUCUUUUUCAACUUGCAUAUCAGAGCGAAGCAAGUUUGAGAACAGUACACCUCAUAAUGAAAUGCCGUGUGAGUUCGGGCAGUACGUGCUUUGCUAUCAUGUCCGUUAUUUUCCUAUAAUUGUUUGGACUUCGCUUACGCUUAUUAUGCUUACAUGAGAUUUUGUCAUGUCCGUGUUGCACCCAUUAGUUUAUAGCCGUGUUUAAACAUGUUUUUGCUCGCUUAUUGUUCAUUGUUAAAAAAUAUUUAUUAAAAGCUAGCAGCCGGUCUGUCAGUAACUGCGCACGCUGAACUCUGUCUUUGCCAGAGUUCUUAACAAAUUGAAACCUAAGUGGUGUCUUUAUUAUCGUCUUCGUCCUCGUCCUUGGUAGGUUCGGUUAAAUUUUGCCGGUCGCGUUGUACGUUGCCGGAAAACGGCGGUGCUCGCUUACUCGUUGUGUCUGCCAUCCGAUGGAGGGUCAGUCAGUCAGUAUUUGUAUCAUCAGUUAGUUAGUCUUUUUCGAGCCACAUAAGGCAGUGAUAAUCUCUGAUCUAUGUAAUUGAAAUUAUUUCGUAGUAGUAAUCAGCGAUGCUGGCCUAUGUAAAUAGUUAGGCUGUCGUGGCUCGCCGCCGUGGCAUCAAGCCGAAUUUGCUUUAGCUACCACUGUGUUGUUGAUUGCGUUGGUGGUGACGAAGUAGUUCGCUCGUACUACUCAAACGUGUCAUCAUAAGCCGGUGUGUGGUAUUAGAUGAUCGCUGUGUUAAGCCGCAAUUAUUGUGGCCGGCCUACUUUUUCGCGGCAAAUACGGCAGCCGGGUGCGUACCGACGGCUAGUCCGGGCGCGGGGCAACUCACAGGCAAUCAACGGCGUAAGCGCCAUAACGGUUCAGUUGAAACGCCACAACCAUGACAGCUGCAGUAGCAGCACCAGUAGCGGGAACAGAAUAAACCGACAGCAGUAGCAGCAAUCUCUCCGACAGCGGAGCGUCGUAGCAGCUUUCAGCCAUCGGGCGAACGACAACGACUGCUGCUGCUGCUGCAGGCUGGCAACCAUUUAGCUGUCGCGAUUGGCCGGAACUGGUGCAAGAUGCAAGUAGAGUGAAAACGGACGAAAAAAGGCUUCGUUCAACCCCUCCCCACUUAGUCCUUUACUUACCCUAACAGCAAUCCACACCAGUCAGUCUUCUAUUGCUGGUCCAAAUAGCAGAGUUCGACAUUUAUUGGCGUGGGGUGAGGUGGAGUGAGCUCAUUGGUGGCCUGGAGCAUAAUCAAAGGUUAAGGAUGCGAGCGCUGUAGACAGAGUCGAAGCAGAACGCGUGUAAUUUACUCCAAUAUGUCCUUGCGUCCACCAAUUUGCGUGGUAUCUCGAGUUUACUUUUCAUUUAACUGCCAACCGCUUUGAAGGGAAAGAAGCCAAUUGACUUCUCGUUGACAACAACAACAAAAACAAGCAUACUUAUUGAAGAAUAAGGCAAUUAGUUCCACCAGCAGCCUUAAUAAAUGCUUCGGGUUUUGCACUGGGAGCCUAUUUACUGACUACUCGGUCAGAUAAGCUUGUGGAUGAGUCAAAAGGUAGAAAAGCCUUCGCUGUCAGGGCAACGCAUCAAGACUCGCAAAAGGGAUGAGAAGGAGAAGUACGAUCCCAUCGGCUUUCGUGACGCGAUCCUGACAGGAUUGGAGGCGAACGGAUGCUCCGCCUCCGACCUUGAAGGGGUACACAAGUACCUGGACUCUGCCGGAAAUAAGCUCGACUAUCGUCGCUACGCUGAGGUCCUCUUUGAUCUCAUUAUCGCCGGAGGCAUUCUUGCACCGGGCGGGAGCAUCGUAAAAGAUGUGCGCGCCGACGGUCAGCCGGGCACGACGGAGAUCUGCGUAUUUUGCGCCAAGGAUGCCGCCCAGGUUAAGGGCUACGCAAACCUCCUCGUCAAGCUGAUCCGGCGCUAUAAGUACCUGGAGCGAUCGCUCGAAGAAUCAUUUGGAAAGGUGAUGAUGUUCAUGCGUGGCUUCGAUGCAGAUCAACGUGAAAAGUUGGCGGCUGUGACCGCUUUUCUUCUUACCGUUGGCCUUAUCCCGACUUCGGUACUUUCCAAACUGCUUCAGGAUCAUCUCAUCAAAGAUGGAUGCGCACUCAAUUUCCUCUUGAGCUGCCUAAAACGUUGGAGCGAAGAGAAGGAUGCGGCCACCAUUUGGAGUGCCCUGAGGCGUUACCAGCUGGAGCAGCGUUUGAUGGAGUUCAUGCCUGUUGCCAAGCGUACGGAGCCCAACCUUACUCAGGCAUUGUCGGACGAAGGUCUUUCGGCCUUGGUGGAUUAUCACCGUGCACACGCUUGCCAAUCGGUCAAACGCGAACUACAGAGCACCCUUAAGCAGCUGUUAGAAGAAAGGUUUUCUCAGGAGCGUAUAAUCGAUGAGAUCAACAGCAGGGCAAGUGCAUCCGAUCUGUCAGACUCUGAUGUCGUUGUUCUCUUGUGGACGACACUAAUGAACAUAAAGGAGUGGAAUAAAAAGCAAGAGCUGGCGGCCGAGCAAAGCGUUAAAUAUCUUCGACAGGAAGUUGCACCUCUUCUUGCCGAGUUUGCCGGACGCAGCCAAAAGGCAGAAAUGGCACUGAUGCGUGCUAUACAGGAGUAUUGUUACGACAAUAUCAAUUUCCUUAAGGUCUUCCAGAAAAUUGUCGUUCUGCUGUACAAGUGCGAUGUACUUUCAGAGGACACGAUCCUAAAGUGGUACAGUGAGAGCCAUUCAGCAAAAGGUAAAUCCGUGUUCCUCGAUCAGAUGAAGCCGUUCAUCGAGUGGCUGAAGAACGCCGAGGAGGAGGAUACUGAUGAAGAUGACGAUUAGAGACGGUGGCAAGAUCAACGCACAACCGAGCGGCUGCAUUGUGUCAGUGAGUGGCGACAACAGCAACAUCAGCAAAUCUAGAACAUCAAAUAAGAUCAACAAUAGAACGAGAGAAGUUCGAUUAGAGAAAUCGACUCACGUCAAAACCAAUCAUUAGCAGCAGCAGUAACGGACAUAUGUAUCGACAGUCAAAACUUUCAAAAAUAAAACUACCGCACGAGCCACCGAAAUUCUAAGAACAGUUAGCAGCUGGCAGUUGCUUCAACGGUAUGGGAUUGAGGCAAAGUAUUGUUUUUUUUUUGUUGCGUGCUGCUGCUGUUAUAUCAAAUUGCUCUGUUAAUUGGGACGGUGGCAACAACGACUACGAUAAUGGCCGAUGGCGUCGUGAUACCUCUGUUACAACUACCCAAUACUUUUAUUACGACGGUUAUUUGGUCGAACGAGUCGCAGUAUUUAAAACUAAAAUGAGGGCAAUAAGAUCCGACAAGUUAUCGACAAGUGUUCGACCUCAGCGAGUUUCAAGAGUGCCCACGAGCAUACUACAUUUAGAGUAUAAAACAACCAACUGAAGGAGACACACACGGACAUACCAAGAACUAGUGCAUAAGUACUUGUUGUUGUAUUCGUCGUCGAAUUGCACUGAAAAUAAUGACGGAGAACAAGAAAAGAAAAGGGCUACGGUGAAUUAGGCAUAUUAUAAUUGGCAUCAUUGUGUAAAAUGGUCUAAAGUAGCCCCCUUCUUCAAAUAAAUCCAAACGAUGAACAGUGGCUAAAAGGCUUGCCACCUUUUCUCUUCACGAGUUGAAUAAUAACAACAAUUAAUCAUUGAAAAUAAUCAUUAUGCAGAUUAUGACGAUGACCAAUGAGCAUCAGUGAAGGUAGUGAUGAUGGCCACGGUAAUAAUAUGAAUAAUAAUCAUAACAAUAAUGACAACGUGAUCAUGACAGUAUCACCAACAACAGGAACAAACAUUAAAAAAAAGGAGGAGAGCUGACAAAAAUAAAAACAAGGUAUGAGGCGACACAACAACACAUAAUAGUAAUAAUAAAAGAGCGCUUAUGUUUUAUACCGAAAA